UGUCAUUCGUCAAUUUCUCAGAUUUUAUAAUUUGUAUUUUGUUGUCAUAUAUGUAUUAUGUACCUUUUGUCAAUUCUCACACGUGCCAAAAGUGUAAACUCUACCAUCUAAAGAGUAAACAAUAAAUUAAUUCUAUUAAUUAAACAGUUUGCAUACAUUUGUUUAGAAUUAAAACCCUCAAUAAUAGGUAGUAGUAUAAAACCCUCAAGCUUCAAUUGUAUAUAUUUUCCAUAUAUAUUAUAGUUAUCUUUGGUGGAUAUUACAUUGCAUCUCAGUAUGGAUGAACAAACGCUUCCAAAAUUCAAGGAGUUAAAGGAAAACGUUUCUCGUGAAACACUGCAAGCAGUUAAGGCCAUGGGAUUCAAACGUAUGACGAAAAUUCAAGCACAAGUUAUUCCGAAAGCUUUGGAGGGAGCAGAUAUAGUAGCCACAGCGAAGACCGGUUCAGGCAAAACUUUGGCAUUUCUUAUUCCUAUAGUAGAAAUUGUGGCAAAAUUCUUAGAAAUGAAAUUGCAAAAAACAUGUUGUAUAAUAGUGUCCCCUACUAGAGAAUUAGCUACCCAAACAUAUUCAGUUUUCAAAGAUCUGACAUCUCGAUAUGAAGAUAUGAAUUCAUCACUGGUGAUUGGAGGGGAGCAUAGAAAGAAGCAAAGUGCUGAACUGGCACAAGGUGUCCAUGUAGUAAUAGCGACUCCUGGAAGAUUAUUUGACCACAUGCGAACAAAGGAAUUCGAUUAUAAACAUGUAAAAUGCUUGGUUUUGGAUGAAGCGGACAAGAUUUAUCAAUAUGGCUUUGAAGAAGACUUAAAACAAAUUAUAAACCGUCUUCCUAAGGAAAGGCAAACAAUGCUGUUUAGUGCCACAUUAUCAGAGAGGACUGAGGCACUGAUCUCUUCUGCCAUGAAAGAAAAUUUAUACAAUAUUAAUACUGACCAAGAUGAUUUAAGGGCUACAGUUGAAGGAUUGAAACAAGGAUAUGCUGUAUGUGAAACAGAAUACAGACUUUGGUGGUUGCAUAAAUUACUGAAGAAGAUCCAAAAAUAUAAAGUCAUGGUGUUCUUUUCUAGUUGUAAAUCAGUUGUGUUUCAUUACACAUUUUUUAAUGAAUAUUGUAAAUCUUCAGUACUGUGUAUUCAUGGAAAAAUGAAUCAAGCAGAUAGAACAGCCACCAUGACAAAGUUCCAUGAAGCAGACAAAGUGGCGUUGUUUUGUACUGAUUUGGCAGCCAGAGGUUUGGAUAUACCUGCAGUGGAUUGGAUAGUUCAGUUUGAUCCACCUGCAGAUGCCAAUGAAUAUAUACAUAGGGUGGGGAGAACGGCAAGAGGUAUCAGUUCAGUAGGAAAUGCAGUAUUACUUCUAAGGCCAGAGGAAAUUGAUUUUAUAUCCUAUUUGCAAGAGUCAAAAAUAUAUUUAGAUAAAUAUGAAACUUGGGAUAGUUUUUUCAAUCUAGAACCUAAGUUGCAGGCAGCCAUGUCAGAUCCUAACUUUCAUCAAAUGGCUGUUGAAGCUUUUGAAGGGUAUAUCAGAGCACAUGAAGUUAAAAAAUUUAAGCAAAUAUUCAAUAUAGUGAACAUAGACCUCAACAAAGUAGCAAAUUCUUUUGGCUUGAAAGAAAAACCUGAUGUUGAUAUUCACAUAGGUUUUAGUAAAAAACAUCGACCACGAAAGAGAAUGGCGGCGGUCCUUGCAGCCAAAGGAGAUUCCACAAAACGCCUGAGGUCAUGAACUUCAGAUUAACAACAUACAUAAUAUUGUUACAAAAUGUAUUUUUGAUACUUUAAUAUUUAAUACCCACUUUUGUGGUAUUUUCAAAGGCAGUAAUGUAUAGGAUGUACAUUUUAAAAUUGUUAUUAGUGAAAUAUUUGUAUUUAUAAAGUUAAAUAAAACUCAUGAAAUAAAUUUCAUAUU